GGUCCAUAUGUACGUCAAUCCGCGGGCUAGUGACGUAUGAGGCGUUUGUUAUAGGUAAGAGGGCAAGUGUGUUAUAGACAAAACUAUUCGAUUUGAUACUCUACUCUAAUGGCUCUGAAUUGACACUACCUUAUAAAGACACUCACAGAAGACGUGAUGUAUUAUUCGAGUAAAAGGCGAGGAGAAGAUGGGAUUGCUGCUGUCAUUGACUUCCUGUUGUCCAAUGCCCGGCUGGUGCUGGGGGUGGGCGGAGCUGUGGUGCUGGGCAUUGCCACAUUAGCUGUGAAACGGCUGAUAGAACGAGCUGGUAGGCCUCCUGAUGAGAAGCCUGACAAGAAGAUGACGGACAGCUGGGAGGAGUUAAGCUUGGUCAGUUCCUCCCCCAAACUACUGCACAAGGGUAUAGAAGGAGUGGUCAUGAAACAGAUUGCUGCCGCAACCAAGAAAGCGGAGCUGUCCCAACCCAUCCCUCUGCCCUCACCUGAGCCCCAGCGCUGUGACACUGAACCUCUCCAGCGACGGAAACGCAUGGAUCUGUGUGUGAUGACGUUUGUUGAGCGUCUGCAGCACUACUACAGAACACGAGUGUGUCUGUCAGCGGAGGAGGUGUCUGUCGCACAGCAGCGAGCGUUAGAUAUUGCCACAGAGAUCCAGGCCUUCCUGCACUCCAAACACCCAGACAUGCCACUGGGAGACAUGACGCUGGCGGGGUCACUGCUCGACGACCUGCAAGUGGUUAAAGCCGACCACACCUGUCUGAUCGUGCCUCUACAGUUGGAGUCCAGUCUGUGGACACCUAUUGCCGGAGAGGACACAUUCUUGGGUCACCCUCAGUAUUGCAUGGUUCGGCGAGAAAACCUCGAGUACUUCCCGAGGGGGCGGAGCUUCUGGGACCGACAUAUGCUGGGUGGAUACCUGUCAUCACGGCUGGUUUCUGAGCAGCUAGGCAAGACGGUGAUGGAAUCGAUGAACUGGCCGUCGCUGACCGGAACCCUGGAGUGCGAGGUGCGACCAGUGCUUGGGUCUCCAGAGCUCAAAUUGGAGAUUCAAGGGUUAACCCAAAGCAGUUAUGACAGUGGAGAACGCUUCUAUAUAACAGUGUUGCCAACGGUGCGUCUCGGCAAGAUGACGCUUACAGCACAACGAGAGAUCACCGGCUCAUUCGACUACGUCUGGUAUCAGAGCCUAUACACCAGUGAAACGGCUAGACUAGCAGACCUUGACAAAGCAGACUCGGGGGUCAGAAAGAAGUGCCUAAAAUUGCUGAAGGCGGUGUGCCGCAACUGCCCUUCGCUACGCAAGCUCAAUGGCAGCCAUCUAAGCAAUGUCAUUCUACACAUGAGUGAAAAAGAAACGGAUUGGUCGGAAUCAGUGUUUGCUGAUAGGUUCCUGCAAGCGAUCACUGAGCUUAUCGGAUAUCUGGAAACGGGAAUCUUGCCUAGUUACUUCAAACCUAAUGUCAAUCUGUUUCAGGGCUUUACUGAGGAUGACAUUGAUGAGAUGGGCUUCAUGCUGUACUGUGCUGUAACUGAACCUGAGAUUCUACUGAUCUGAUCUCUCCUACACCUCCUAUACACACAGAGCAGUACUUGUAUUAAUGCACCUUCAAUCAAUGAAUGUAACAUUGCAUAUCUUUUCAAUAAGGUUUCUGUUCACGGUCCCCUAUAUGUGUAUUUCCACUUGCCUACUCUUUUAAGGGGAUUUUUGAAGCUUCAUUUAACUAUGCAGCACUUACCAAGUCAGGAAUUUUGCUUGGAUGUAGAUUUUAAAGAAGUGAGAAAAAGAUUUCAUGGUAUCGAUUUUUGUUAGUAGCCUGUUCUGAGCUCUGCGUAGACCAUGAGUAUGUAUUACUCUGUAUUAAGACAAUAAAGCAGUAAUGCAUUGAAUUUGUUGAAAAUAUUUUCUAUACAUUGUUGUCUGUAUGUACAAAGUAGCAAAACUGCUGAGUGUGUUUGAUUGGGGCAAUGUGUAUUGAGGGUUGUCUAAGCCUUUAUAAUAAGUGUUGUUUUGCCCAUAUUCUAUUCUAUGUGUAAAAUCCAGCUUUAAUGGCUAAGAAAAGAGAAAUAAUGAAUCAAAAAGUUAAUAUGUAAAGCAGGUUUCCCUGUAUGCAUCUUAUUAUAACUUGCCAACAAGUUUGGUUAAAAAAAAAAAUUGCAGAAACUGAAACAAUUAAAAAUACUGAUAAGAUCAAAUUUCACACCAGUCCUACUCGUCUGAGAGGGUCACAUGAGUUCUUAUAUGAGCUCUUGUUUGCUUUAGGGAUGCGUGUCUGAAUAAACAUUGUCCAUAAUUUGUACAGUU